AAUGGAGUGUGUGUGUGUUGGUGUGUGUGUGUUUUUCUUAAGUUGACAUCACCAAAGUCAUGUGAUUGCCAAGAACCAAUGAAAGAGGCUACAGAAAGGGGAACAGUUACAUUUGUAAUAUUGGUUGUGUGAAACACUUCUUUGGGCCUCAUAAACAACCACAGAACCACAAGUUGGGUACAGAGGCAGUCACACAAGAGCAGGUCCGGGAUAUUGGUCAGCAGGCAGGGCGAAUCAUUUUGACUGCAAACCACAAGAGUUUCGUAGAGUGGUGAAAGAAAUCACAUAGCACCCCCUUUUACAAGACAGAAUAAGUUUUAAAAGAGGAAACCAUGGCUUCAAACAGCAUAUUUGAGUCAUUUCCUUCUUACCAGCAGUGCUUCGUGCGAGAUACCAGCACCAGCCGCCGCUUCACGCCGCCCUCCACCACUCUGAGUCCGGGCAAGAUGAGCGACACGCUGCCGCUGGUGGGCCAGGAGAACAGCAGCGGCGCCCUGGUGGGCAAGCUGAGAAGCACAGACCGCAGCAUGGUGGAAGUCUUAGCCGAUCACCCGGGCGAGCUGGUCCGGACCGACAGCCCCAACUUCCUCUGCUCUGUCCUGCCGACCCACUGGAGGUGCAACAAGACUUUGCCGAUCGCCUUCAAGGUGGUGGCAUUAGGAGAUGUCCCUGAUGGGACUUUGGUCACAGUAAUGGCUGGAAAUGAUGAAAACUACUCUGCAGAACUCAGAAAUGCCACUGCAGCCAUGAAGAAUCAAGUUGCAAGAUUCAAUGACCUGAGAUUUGUGGGUAGAAGUGGAAGAGGGAAAAGCUUCACCUUGACUAUCACAGUCUUCACAAAUCCUCCACAAGUAGCCACGUACCACAGAGCCAUCAAGAUAACAGUAGAUGGACCCCGAGAGCCAAGAAGACACCGUCAGAAAGUAGACGAACAGACAAAGCCUGGGAGUUUGACCUUCUCAGAGCGCCUGAGUGAACUGGAGCAGUUGCGUCGCACAGCUAUAAGGGUCAGCCCACACCACCCAGCCCCCACACCCAACCCAAGAGCCUUGAACACCACUGCUUUUAACCCUCAGCCUCAGAGCCAGAUUCAGGAUACAAGGCAACUUCAACCAUCCCCUCCAUGGCCUUAUGACCCAUCCUAUCAAUACCUGGGAUCAAUUGCAACUCCUUCAGUUCAUCCAGCCACACCAAUUUCACCUGGAAGGGCUAGUGGGAUGACAUCCCUUUCUGCAGAACUGUCAAGCCGACUGACAAGUACAUCUGAUUUAACAGCAUUCAGUGAUCCAAGAGUUGGAAUUGAUCGUCCUUUCCCUGCCAUUCCUUCCAUUUCUGAUCCUCGCAUGCACUAUCCAGGAGCAUUCACCUAUACUCCAACACCUGUCAGCUCAGGAAUAGGAAUUGGUAUGUCUGCUAUGACCACUGCCACUAGAUAUCACACUUACCUACCACCUCCAUACCCAGGUUCUUCUCAGGCUCAAGGUGGCCCAUUUCAGACCAGCUCCCCUUCUUACCAUCUCUACUAUGGAACAUCAGCAGGAUCAUACCAGUUCUCCAUGAUGUCCGGAGGAGAUCGGUCGCCCCCACGUAUCCUUCCUCCAUGCACUAAUGCUUCCACAGGAUCUACUCUCCUCAAUCCCAACCUUCCAAACCAAAAUGAUGUUGUGGACACAGAAGGCAGUCACAGCAACUCCCCUACCAACAUGGGAACCACAGCAAGGCUAGAAGAAGCAGUUUGGCGACCAUAUUGAAAUAUUAGUACAGAUGCUGAUAUCCAUGGUUUUCACAUGAGCAGUUGCGAUUGCUGCCAUGUUUAUAGAUUACCCCAAGAAGCAAUCAGUCCAGAAGUCAGUUUUUCUAGGAAUGGUUUCAUGCAGUUAUUCAACUGAUUUUUUUCAGUGAGAUGGUACACUUGUCCAAGGGCUGAACUUCUGAAGAUGAUGACAUUUUAAGAUGGAAUACUACUCACUUUGACUGUAGAUAUGGGGAAGGAUAGAUACUCAAUAUAUUUCCAGAGGCUGAGACUUCAAAAUUAGCUCCUCAGAUCUUUUAAAAAAGUAUUUUUGUUUGCCAUCUGGUUUUGAGGCUUAAAGCCUGACACAGUCUUCAUGAGAUGAACCAAUCAUUUGGACACGUUAGUUAAAAGGAAGUAUAGGAAGAUUCUCAGAGAAAAACUGUGAAUGCUUCUGAUUUAGCAAUGCUGUGAAUAAGAGGUUUUAUAUCCUGGAAUUGAUUUUUUUAACCAAGUUGUAUAUUCCAAAGAGUAUGGGAAUUCUUUUACUUGUUAUUUUUUAGGAUGCAACUCAUCCUUCUUUGCAUAUCAUUUUAAUUUUAUUUUUGGCACCUUAAAAUUGGCAAAACAAUUUAAUCUUUUUUUAAAAAAUAAAAUGUGCUUGCUUUUCUUGUACUUUGUCAGCUGAAGGCAUCCCCCCCCCCAAAAAAAUCCCCACCUUCCUGGGAGGUAAUUUAAUUUUUCCUUUAAUAUAAAAAAGUGACAGCUUAGAGUACUUUUCAACUACUGAAAACAUAUAUGAUGAGUUGCUUGAUAUUUAUGCUCAGCAUUGAGUUUUUGUGUGUGAUACCUUUAUUAUUUAAAUACGCUUGAAAGAUAAGCACAUGCAUUUUGUAGCAACCAAAGUUUAAAAUUAUCACAUAUAAAAUGGCUGGAAUAAUUAUGGGUAAUGUGACUUUUAAUUAUUUAGAAGUAUUGUUUACAUUGAGCUCCGUUUCACUUUCAUCUGUCAUUCAAUACUCAAGCCAUUUUUGUUCAUUUGAGAACCCAGAAUUAGUUUAACUGUUAGUAUGAUGGAAGCAGUGUCAGGAUGACUCUACUCUUUAAAAGAAAAAAAAGAUUUCUCAUUCCAUUUUGCCACAAUUUUAUCCCAGUGGUUUUAAAGCAGGUUUUAGCACUUGAAUGGGACAUUGGAGGCAGGGAUUGGUCUAAGAAAAAAUACUUGGAAUUCCAAGGAGAGCUGGAUGCUCCACUGCAUCAGCAUCCUUACAAGCAGGGUGAGCCCUCCAGAUGUUUUGGCCUGAGAUGGCUGUGAGCCCUCAUUUACAGAGGAUGCUCGUGUAACUGAAGGGCUGCCAGAGGACCAUCCUGUGACUGCAGACAUCCUUUGUUGGAAGGGCUGCUCAGCCCAGGUCUGGCUGAAAGAUUUUUAAAAAUUGAAGGGAAAACUGUGCUUUCAAAAUGCCCAUUAUCAGUGUCUGGGCAGCAGCCUGAGCUAAACACCCAGGUCAUCUGGUCACAGUCUUCCACACUGUGGUGCAUUAUGUCUCUAUUUAAAGGAUAAUAAUCAUUUCUAAAUCUGCAUCUAUGUAUAGAAGCAACAAUUUAUGCAAAGCAAUGUCCUCAUUUGUCUGCUUUGCUGAUGAUGCAUUUCCUCUUUUUUGCUGGUUUGUAAGUGGCCCUCCUUACAAGGCUGCUCACCACUCGCCAUUGGUCAUUCUGGUUUGGGCUGAUGGCCAAAAUGUCUGGAGAGCCACAACUUCCUCACCCUGGCUUAAAAGCCACAAAAGCAAAAAUUAAAAUCUAACCUAAUUUGAUACAGGAGUAUUACUUUCUUAGGUAACUUUCAUGUCUGUACAUUGUGAGCAGAAUCGGAUAUAACCUGGACAUUCUGUUUUGAUUCAAUGGGAAGUGCAGGAAUUUUUUUAAGGCCCUGGCUCAGCAUAAUGGGUGCAAGUCCCACCGAUAUCACUGGGAACAGAUAGAAGGUACAGUCACAAAUAACUCUAUCACAGCUUUGAACAAUGGCAAGCAAAGGCAAAUUUAGAAGGCUGUAAGUCUGAGCAAAGGUGUGAUGUGGGUGUGGGGCUCUUAUAACCAGUUCUCAUUUGCCUAGUCACCCAUAUGCAGCUGUUUUCAUCCUGUAAGAGAAAAGAUAGGGAUGUCCGUAUAUCUUUCCUAUAUGUCGGAAACCAAAUAAGCACUUUUGAUUGGGAAAAUGUUGGGAGUGGCCCCUCUCUACACCAUUCCUUCAUUCAGACAUGUGACCACCUGUGCUUCCUUUUGGUUGAAAACAAGUGUCAGUGUGCUACUUGUCACAUCCAGUUUAAAGCUCAGUUCACAUAAAUGUAUUUGGAGUCUAGAACAGAUGAGAUUUGCACCUAGCAAAACCAUGUCCAUCAUUGAAGAAGGAGAAUGGAAUAACAGUCAAGACCGAUAAAGCCCAUUUAUUUCUUUUUGUUUUCAUAAUAAUUCAGUUUGAUUGCUAUGGAACUUUCACUGUUGUCUAAUGCAUCUCAUACGUAUCAGACAUCACUGUAAAUUAUAAGGCACUAUUAUAUGUGGAGGUUUGAUUGGAAUGCAAUUGUACUCCUUGUUAAAUGAAAACUGCUGAAGUCAACAGAUUUAGAAAUAUCUUUUGUUUGUUAACAAAUGGACCUUUUAAAAAUCAGUGGAACAAUUGUAGGUCAACUCUUGUGAGUAUUUGAAAGCAGGCCUUUAAAUCAGUGUUUGGGUGUUUUAAAAAGUUAAUAAAAGAUUCGGAUUAGCAAGAUCCUUGGCUGCAGGCAGCAAAACAGCUGGACUUAUUUAAAAUACUUGUUUCUUUUAUAUCUUUAUCUAUAUCUAUUUGUAGAUUUUGCUUUUACAUUAUUUUUGUGUCUGAUGCAGUAGCACUUUGGUAUAAAUGUCACAGAGUUAAGCAUGUCAUCAGUCAGAUCGACUUUGAGCAGAAAAUUAUUUCAGCUGAUCUCAGCAAAAGCUCAACAGAUCACACAAUGACAUUUUCUCCCAGUUCAGAUUAGUAUAUUGUCUGAUUCCUGGUUUAUUCUGGGCUUAUUUGAGUUACUGCAUUUUUUGCAACUGGAAAAUUUAAAUUUAUUUGGGGCUGGGCAUUAAUGCAUUUGGAAGAGAUAAGACAUCUUUGUGCUUCUGCCAUAAAAGUAUUUCAAAAUAAUUAAUCACAACAAAACUGUUACAGCCACCUUUUUAUUUUCCCUAUAUUGAUUCCUUAUGUUUCCAAUGACAUUUAGAUGGCUCUUUCAGGAUAACUUUUCUACGGCUUUCAACUUAAAAUACAUUGCAUUGUCCUUUAGGCUACAAGUGAGUGCUUACUGCUGACAUCUUCUUGAUAAAAAUGACAAUUGUGUAUUAUCAAUAAUUAAGGCCACUGUAUACUCUCUGCAAUUUAUGCCUGAAAAAAUGUAUACUAUUUUAUCCAGUAUUCAAAGAACUCAUUAAGUACCUGCAGCAGUAGUGAGUGACAGUGCCUUCCAAUGCAGGUUCACUCAGAAAGCAAGUCCCAUUUUGUUUAAUGGGGUCACUCCCAAGUAAGUGUGUCUGGCUAACCAGCAUCUUCCACAGAUGAACUGACAUGGAACCAUUGUGGCCAUGUAGUCUGACAUUUCUAAGGUGGAUAGUCAAAAACAAUGAACUUGAGUAGAACAUGUUUGCAUGGGGGACUGAUGUUUUUAAAACCCUACAAGGAAAUCCAGGAAUUUCCCCAGGACCUUGUACAUGCAAAACAUGUGUUUGGCCCCUUAAAUAAUACUGUUCAUUUUCCACAGGUGUGCUGGUUUCCUCCUCCAUCCAUUCUGUAUGCACCCACACCUCCUUUUUUGCAUAUGAUAAGGUUCAAAAAUGAGUGGGCCAAUGUAUAGAGGAUCAUCCUAGGGAUCAGCAUCUAACAUUUCAUCCUUCAUUUCCAUUCAUUCUGCCUGGCUCCCUAGAAUAGAGUUGAUUCGGCUCUCCCUAGCCCAGAGUCAUAAUAAUAUCAAGUGCUUAUCCCUACAUCAGGUUAAGUCUUUAUUGUACCUGGGAACUUUGCACCUAAUGUUUAACAUGCUUGACCACCACCCAGAUACUCACAAUUCAUCACUAUUUCUUUUCUUAGGAAACUAACCCAAUGUAGUUCUCCCAAAGCUCUUCUUCCUUAUAGUGCAGUAUCAGUAAAUUCUGGGCUUAGAAACCUAAAUGCAGUUAGUCUUAAGUAAAUGCCAAGGAUUUCAAUAAAACUUUGGAGAAUGCAUUUAAUGCUGAGAAGUGUGUGUGUGUGACAGAGAGAGAGAGAGAUCCUGCAGUUCUGCUGAGAAAGGAUUCCUUCCUUGGCAGUUCAAAUUUACUAGAUGUUGAGUGGAUUAGGUUUUAUCCUGCAAAUGCUCAUUUGUGCUUAAUAACACAAGUGGUAUUUCUUCUAAAGUCAUGACUUGCACAUCCUUCUGAAGUCUUCUGCAAAGGUACAAUUCCAUAAAUGGAUAGAUUGAGCCUAUGUUGGGUCUCCCUAGGAAGGGAUGAAUAGUUAAAGACACAAGCUGAGCUACUUUUGUACAUGUAGAAUGGGAAAGAUCUAUUUUAUCUUCAAAUUCAAAGAAUAUAUUCAAUAUAUUCAGAUUAAUUCAAUAUUAGAAUAGCAUUGAUUAAUAAAUUCUCUUCCCAUUUAAACUCCAAGAAAGAUGAUAAGCUGUUGCCUUUUUUAAAAAAUAUAACUGUAUUUGGCAGUAUUAUCACCUUUUGAAACAAAUUAUAACGACCAGAUGAUGACUAGUAAGGAGGAACCCAUUUUAGUGUAAAUGCCCACUACAAGUAACUUGAAUAGCAUAGUAUCUAACUAUUCUUUAACAGUAUUGUUAAAGCAUUUUAAAACAAUUUGGCUUUAAGUGAACUGAACUGAACUGAACUGGAUUAAUUUUUUUUCCAGCCCAGCUUUUGCUUCACAUUUCAGCUAAACAACUGAGACCCUCAAUAUAAUUAUUAAGAGACAAAUCCCAUUAAAGCAAAUGAGACUUAGUUUAAGGUGAAUGUGUUUAGGAUGGGUCUGGAUAAAAGACUUCUAACACUGCUCUGGAAGCAGCAUUUCCCCAUAUUUGAGUGCAGUGGUGUGAAUGCAUCUUAAUUUUUGGCAUACUAAAAUGCUUAUACGUAGGUUAAACUGAUUUCCCACAAUGACAUCCCACAAUCAGAAAUAUCAGUGAUUUUUUUUUCUUUCCUCAAAGUAAUCAUUUUUCCUCAGAUGCCAUUAUUCAUUGUUAAAAAAAACCUUGUUUAUAAUAUUUUAUAAACAUGUUAUAUUACAGGACUCAUUAUGCAUUGUGACCUUUUUCUUAAUUUUCCUAGACCAAUAUUAUCCACUAGUCAUUUUUUUCCACUUGUCAUAAAAAGGUUGCAUCAGGAGACUGAAUUGUAUUUAUGUGUGUAAAUAGGUUUUAAAAGCUUCAUAGAAAAAUAUUGUUAAUGCUUGUAAGUAUUUAACAUUUUUCAUUUGCUACAUCCUUUUCUGAACUUGCCUUUGCUAAAUACUGUAGGUGACUUAUUUCUUUCCAGUUUAAUUAUUUUAGGUUUCAAGAUAAACUGUUUUAGUUACUUUGUAAACAGUUACAGCAUGGUUUCAUGUGGCACAUCAAAAGCUCUUCACCUUUUUGUUGUAGGAGAAAAUGAAUGUGCAAACAACUGUGGGUUAUUUGUGGUAUUCUGAAGCUAACAGUUACAAUUUCUGAAGAACACACACAUUUAAUGAGAAAUUACUCUGUGGCAAAUCAGAUGGGUGACUCAAUGACAAGCAAGGCUGGUCUGGAGCAUGCAUUUGGAUAUGUGAGUUCAACAAUUUCUCAGUGUAUUUGCGACCCAAUUCUGCUAUGUACUGGGAUUGUCACAUCUCCUGAUACUGCCAUUUGGUUCACUUUCAAAAGGGGGAUUUUUUAGUUCUUGAAAUAACUGGUUUCUCUAAUUAGGAAGAAAACAGGAGUCUCCCCCCCCACCCCACCCCCCAUGCACACCACCAUGUCUCUAGAUAUCGUAUCUAAAUAGGCACUUCCUUUACAUAACAAGGUCAGUGUGUCCAGGAGAAUUCAUUGUGAGUAGCAUGCAGAGCAGCUGGACUGCUGCAUUUCUUCUAAUGGAAAUUUGCUUUCUUUGUACCACAAUUUCUUCUGUACAUUCAAUAUUAUAAUUAGUGUGAAUGACCAAUAAACUGUUUGAGAAGUA